AUGAGGACCAGGUCUCUGUCGGUGGGGGAGUGCGCCUGGAGUCCGGAGGAGUGCCGCCCGGUGGAGGAGCUGCCCGGAGCUCCUCAGAGGGACAGCCUGCGUUUGCCCAACAUCUUCAAGUCCAGGAGAGUGAAGCCUCUGGGUCAGCCUCGGCCGAGCCCGGCCUGUCCGGUUCACCGCACUCCCAGGGAGCUUCUGCUGGAGGUGCUGGACAGGGAAGCGGUCAGGGAGCUGUUGGGCAGGGCCCCCGGCCGGGAUCUCUCCGAGGAGCAGUACGGCGAGGCCCUGAUGUGGUUUUCCAUCGUGCUCGGAGGCGGUUUGUCCGCGGGACGCAACGGUCACCUGGGACCCGAGCCGACCCCUAGACCGGACCGUUGCCGGGGCAUCCUGAAGAGGAACGGCAUCCAGAGCAGCCUCUUAUCUCUGACCAAGCUGGAGGACGGGCAGAAGCUGGCGGCGCUGACCUCUUUCUCCGACCGCUUGUGCAAACGCUUCGGGACACUCCACUCACCCGGGCCCGAGCUGACCGUCAAGAAAUACAAGCUCUCCCACCAUUCCGGUCCCUGCCCGCUGAGUCUGGCCCUCCUCUGCGACGUCCGGUCCGGGUUCAUCUGCAACGUGCUCCUCUACUGCCCGGAGCAGCUCCGGACGCAGGGCCGAAGGCCGGUGGUGGAGCAGGUGGUCAGGCGGCUGCUCGGACCUUUCCGCGGCCGGACGCUGAAGGUCCAGCUGGACAGCUCGGCCUGGGCGGGCAGCGGGCUCCCGAACACGCUCCCGGAAUUCGGAGCCAACAUCAGUUUGGUUCCGGCCGUUAAAAGGCCCGUGAAGAGCCAGACCACCUCUUCCCCUCAGAACCACGACCUGAAGCCCAGACCUCCGGUCCACCUCCAGGGCUGGACCGGACCGGCCCUGCUUUUGCCGCCGGACCCCAGAGGGUCAGCGGCGGACGUGUUCCUGCCGGGCCUCUGGGCCGCGCUGCACGUGGCCUUCAUCAACACCUUUGUGCUCCACGCCCUGCAGAGCCGGGGCCCGGGCCGGACCGUCCAGCUGGCCGAGUUCAGCAGGGCUCUGGCCGCCCAGCUGCCCGCGGACAGCGGCGGCGGCGGCGUGCCGCUUCUGCCCCGGCUGAACAGCUCCUCGUUCCCGGAGACGGGAGCAACAAACCAGCCCAAACACAGGGUGAAGGCCCACAGCUGUGCGGGGCUGACGGGGCUGGAGCGGCGCAGCAACAGGCCCGGCGUGUGCGGGCUGGACAACUCCGGCAACUCCUGCUACCUGAACGCCGUGCUGCAGUGCCUGUGCUCCACCGUGCCCCUGGUGGAGCACCUCCUCAGCCAGGACACGCGCAGAGAGCUCGCAAAGUCCAGGUGCAGGGUGACGGAGGCGUUCGUCCGGCUGCUGGAGAAGAUGUGGCUGGGGGGGGGCUCCAGCUGCGCCCCUCUGGAGGCCCGGGCCGCGCUGGGCUCCGUCCUGCCGCAGUUCAACAACUUUUCCCAGCAAGACGCCCAGGAGCUGCUGCUCUUUCUCCUGAACGCCCUCCAGGACGACUUCAAAAAGGUUUUAAAGCGCUCCUGGAUGCAGCGUCCGAGACGAGAGCCGAACAGAAGCCUCGCCUCCGAGUCCACGGUGGUGACCCGUCUGUUCGAGGGCCGGCUGAGCUACGCCACCCUCUGCAUGCACUGUGACCAGCAGGCGCUCAACACCCAAACCUUCACCGUGCUGUCACUGCCAAUCCCAAAGGACAUCCCAAAGUGCUCCAUCCAGGACUGCUUGUCUCUGUUCUUUGAGCAGACGGUCCUGACGGGGGGGGAGCAGGUGCUGUGUUCGGAGUGUGGGCUGAGGAGAGAGACGACCGUCCUGACGUCUUUGGAAAAAGCUCCAGAGAUCCUGGUGUUGCACCUGAAGCGGUUUGGCUGUAAGGGGAGGAAUCAGGUGAAACUGAGGACCAAUGUUUCAUUCUCCAUGAAGCUGGAUCUGACCCCGUUUCUCUCCAGCUCCGUGCACAACACCUCGUCGUCAUACCACCUUUAUGCUGUGGUGAACCACACGGGUAACCUGAACAUGGGUCACUACACGGCUGCGUGCUUCAGCGCCCCGGCCCAGAGGUGGCACUGCUUUGACGACGCCGAGGUCAGAGAGCUGGAGGAAAUCCUCGUGCAAUCUCCCAACGCCUACAUGCUGCUCUACAGCCAUAAACCGUUCCAGAAGCCGCAGAUCCUCGGACUCUGA